UUUCUCUCCAAGACAGCAGUGAGAAUGCCACAAGCUUUCUGGUAUUAUCUCCUGUAUUCCAUCCUGCUUUUGCUUUUUCACAAAGGAUGCACAGCACUGACCUAUGGUGACUUUGAAGAUGAAAUCUCCUAUUUGUAUCCAGACACAGAAGAGCCUUUUGAAGACGAGGAGGGCCAAGCCAGCGACUGUGGAGAUACCUACUAUGAUUGGAUAGCCUUGUUCUGUUGGCCUGAGUUUCAUGCUGCCAUCAUGGCUACAGCUGAGAGCAAUCAGUGCCUCUGGGAAACGAUUGGCAGCAUGUAUAGUGAGCUUGUCCUCUGCACUGGGCUGCUGGCUGAAGGUAUGGGCUGUCCAGUAUCCAGCCCCACCUUGGAUACCUUCUUCGUGAGAAUCCACGCUGAGUACUUUGCCAAUUGCUCCCUCCCCAUCGAUACCACUGACCAUCAGCCACCCAUAGGAAUGGUUGUCUUCCUGACUUCCCUGCCUGUCUGUUUGGUGCCCCUCUCUGUUGCCCUCACCCUCCGCAAGACAUGAAGUCCUGAAUCUGCACCUCACACUCCCUUCUGUGGACAACAUUUAGAAAUGGAACAGUACUGCUUAAUGCUGAGAGGUGGGAGGCAGACUAGAAGACAAAUGGGAACAGCUGGAUUGAAGUGUAAGGAGGGCCUGUUUGUCAGGAUUACAGUGUCUGUUGUAUGAUGGAGGUUGUACUUGGGUUGCUUCCUUGCACAGCCUCGUGCUAGAGCUCUGUGGUCAUUCUUCCCCUCUAUAAUAUGCAUUCUCAAUGGUAUUAUGGUAUUGCUUGUCUCAAGGACCAGGAGGUAUUAUUUUCUUUUCAGGGUGUCUCUCUGCUUCUGUUACAGUUUUUGUGUAGAUUGCUUAGGCUGAUUUGUGGCCAGAUGUAUUAUGGUAAGAGUAACAAUUGUGUGACACAAACACACACAAACCCCUUGUAGCAAUGGGCAAAUCUGUCACUUUCAGUUUUGCUUGACUUCUUCGUUUUCCAACCUCUAGUUCAGUUCUCCACAAUUUUUUUUUAAAAAGUCCUCAUGAAAAUUCAUCAACAUUU